UGAAGGAAUUUUAUAAUUAAAAACGUCAUUUGGCUGCGAAAUUCGUUAAGAUGUUGUCGAAGUAUGGUAGCCCAAAAUUACGGUCAAAUUUGGGAAUUCAACAAUCAACCACAACAAAACAGUAUAGAAACAUCAGCCACCAGAAUUUUAAAGUUGAAUAUUUUUGCAAGUUCUGAUUUUUUUUUCCUUUUUGAAGUCCCCACUUUAACCAAUGACCAUCGUAUUUGAAGAAAAUGAAACAAAAGCAAAGAACAAACUGAGAGAAAUUCACAAUUUUAUGUGAGGAAAAAAAAAAACCAAAAAGAAUUGUUUCAGUAUGUUUUUCUCGGACAGUAAGCAAAACCAGCCCUUUUAACAGUUUAAAGUUUUAACUUGCAUUCGAAGAGGGCACCGCUUGACUUCUGCUCUUGGAAGCAAAAUUUUGUUCAGACUUUUUUUCAUGGAAGCAAGCAAGUUAAUAUUCCCAAAUUACUAAUUUGAUUGGAGAAUCCCAAUAGACCUUUCAAAAUCUGAGCUUUUGCAAGCCAAAGAAAAGAAUGACUGCGAGUCAUUUGGUUGCUGAAUCCGUGUGGAAAACUAUUGAGUCAACUCAUGCAGUAAGCGAGGAGCAGCUAUCAAUCUUGCAUUUCCUGUUUGGUAAAAACUUUGAGAGAGCGACUAGGAUAGUGGACCAAAGGGGUGUGAAGAAGAUCACUGGUGAGCCCAGCGGUCGUUCCAUCUUUCAGGUUGUGGGAGAAUCAAGGAGGAAGGAGGAGUAUUUCUGUUUUGCUGAACACUAUUGUGCUUGUUAUUCAUUCUUUUAUGAUAUAGUUAACAGAGGAGAACAGCUUUGUUGUAAGCAUCAACUAGCUGCAAGACUUGCUGGAUCAUUGGGAGCUUGUGUUGAGGUUAAAGUGUCUGAUGAGCAGCUAGCAUUAUUGCUUUCAGAACUCUAGAUCUCUGUAAUGAAAUAGUGACUCUUUAUUUUUGAGGUGAGGAGGUAAUUCUUGAGAAACUAUAUGAGAAUCAAGCCCUGUUUGGAGAAAAUCAGGAUCUUCUUUGUAUGUUUUUCCCUGCAUUUUACAGCUGGUGAAUAAAAAGUUUUUUUGAACAAAUGCAAUCCUCUGUAAUACAACAUUCAAUCUCAAAUCAAGGGACAAUCUUGUGUGUUUUCAUCUUAUCGAUCCAAGAAUUGAACAAAUCCAUGCUCUUUGCUCUUGUUCAAGAAGCUAUCCAACAAUGACUUCCCAUAAAACUGCAUCAGCAAACCACCAUGCCCCAACCUCAUUCAAUUUUGUUGGCAAAAGACCCUGGUCUCUCACGGUCUCAUCCCACACUGGACCCUUGUCCUUCGUCAUCUCAACCAAGCUCAGUUUCCCAUCACUUUCUUGGAACCCGUAAUGUCCAAUACCAAACUCCUUAGCUAACUCCUCCCAUAAAUCGACCAGAGUUAAGCUUUGGGUUCAAACAGACUGUAUUUUUAUAUAAAAAAAAUUAAUAAACUUAGUAUAUGUUUGACAUACAAAAUUAUG